GGUCUCCAGGGCCGGCGCCCGCACCGGGGGUCCCAGGGUCCCGCCCGCCGCCCGCAGAGGCCCUGAGCGUGACCCCUCCUGGCAGGCGCCGGGCUGGCGGGGACCUCCUAGGCCAGGAGACCGUAAAGAUCCAAGAUGAGGAAGACAGAGAAACGCCCAGACGUGCACGUGCCCAGACACGUGACCUCGCCCCGCACGUAGGACGGACCUGCACGGACCCGGGCGCCCGGCUCAGCUGCCCGGGCGUCCCCUCCGCUUUCCAGAGCCUCACGCCCGCCCUGCAAGGCGGCCCGGUCGGGCCUCCGCGCCCCGAGGCUUCCAGACCCCGUGCCCGCCGCUGCCCGGGUCCCUUCUCACGCUGUGUUUGUCUUCCUGCCUCCCAGCAGGUGCGCAGGAAUGAGCGGAGGCCCCCCGGGCGGGCCGCGGCGCAGACGCCAUGGACGCGAAGGGCCUGGACCCGUCCCAGGCGGACCUGAAGCUGGUGGCCCACCCGCGCGCCAAGAGCAAAGUGUGGAAGUACUUUGGCUUCGACACCAACGCGGAGGGAUGCAUCCUGCAGUGGAAGAAGAUCUACUGCCGCAUCUGCAGGGCGCAGAUCGCCUACUCCGGCAACACCUCCAACCUCUCCUACCACCUGGAGAAGAACCACCCCGACGAGUUCUGUGAGUUCGUCAAGAGCAACACCGAGCAGAUGCGGGAGGCCUUCGCCACCGCCUUCUCCAAGCUGAAGCCCGAGGGCUCCCAGCUCGCCCCGCCGGACGCGCUGGCCGCCAAGGCCGGCCACGGCCACGAGAGCAAGCGGCAGCAGGAGCUGACGGCCGCCGUGCUCGGCCUCAUCUGCGAGGGCCUGUACCCCGUGUCCAUCGUGGACGAGCCCACCUUCAAGGUGCUGCUGAAGACGGCCGACCCCAGGUUCGAGCUGCCCAGCCGGAAGUUCGUGUGCGGCAAGGCCAUCCCGGAGAAGUACGGCGCCGUCCGCGAGGCGGUGCUCAAGGAGCUGGGCGCCGCGUCCUGGUGCGGCAUCUCCACGGACCUGUGGCGGAGCGAGACCCAGAACCGGGCCUACGUGACCCUGGCCGCCCACUUCCUGGGCGGCGGCGCCCCCGGCUGCCUGUCCGUGGGCUCCCGCUGCCUGAAGACCUUCGAGGUUCCCGAGGAGAACCGGGCCGAGUCCAUCACCCGGGUCCUGUACGAGGCCUUCAUCGAGUGGGGCAUCAGCGCCAAGGUGUUCGGCGCCACCACGGACGGCGGCAAGGACGUCGGGAAGGCCUGCUCCCUGCUGGACAUCCCGGUGCAGAUGCCGUGCCUGGGCCACAGCUUCGACGCGGGCAUCCAGCAGGCGCUGCAGCUGCCCAAGCUGGCCGCGCUGCUGGGCCGCUGCCGCAAGCUGGUGGAGUACUUCCAGCAGUCGGCGGUGGCCAUGUACAUGCUCUACGAGAAGCAGAAGCAGCAGAACGUGGCGCACUGCAUGCUGGUCAGCAACCGCGUGGCCUGGUGGGGCAGCACGCUCGCCAUGCUGCAGCGGCUCAAGGAGCAGCAGUUCGUCAUCGCCGGCGUGCUGCUGGAGGACAGCAACAACCACCACCUGAUGCUGGAGGCCGCCGAGUGGGCCACCAUCGAGGCGCUGGUGGACCUGCUGCAGCCCUUCAAGCAGGUGGCGGACAUGCUGUCCGCCUCCAAGUACCCGACCAUCAGCAUGGUCAAGCCUCUCCUGCACAUGCUGCUCAACACCACCCUCAACAUCAAGGAGACCGACUGCAAGGAGGUGAGCAUGGCCAAGGAGGUGAUCGCCAAGGAGCUCUCCAAGACCUACCAGGAGACGCCGGAGAUCGACAUGUUCCUCAACGUGGCCACCUUCCUGGACCCGCGCUACAAGCGCCUGCCCUUCCUCUCCGCCUUCGAGCGGCAGCAGGUGGAGAACAGGGUGGUGGAGGAGGCCAAGGGCCUGCUGGACAAGGUCAAGGAGGGCGGCUACCGGCCCGCGGAGGACAAGAUGUACGCGCUGCAGGAGGAGCCGCCGGUGAAGAAGCUGGUGCUGGCGUCCACGCCGCCGCCCGCCAGCGUCAUCAACAGCAUGCUGGCCGAGAUCUUCUGCCAGACGGGGGGCGUGGAGGACCAGGAGGAGUGGCACGCGCAGGUGGUGGAGGAGCUGAGCAACUUCAAGUCGCAGAAGGUGCUGGGCCUCAACGAGGACCCGCUCAAGUGGUGGUCCGACCGCCUGGCCCUCUUCCCCGUGCUGCCCAAGGUGCUGCAGAAAUACUGGUGCGUGGCGGCCACCCGCGUCUUCCCCGAGCGCCUCUUCGGCUCCUCCGCCAACGUGGUGAGCGCCAAGAGGAACCGCCUGGCCCCCGCGCACGUGGACGAGCAGAUCUUCCUGUACGAGAACGCGCGCAGCGGCGCCGAGGCCGAGCCCGAGGACGAGGACGAGGGCGAGUGGGGCCUGGACCACGAGCACAUGUGUCCCCUGGGUGACGCCGUGCACCCCGGCUUCUUCGGCAUCAGGGACAGCGGCUUCGUGUAGCGGCCGCGGUGGGGGACGGGGGUCAGCGGGACGCCGCCCCUUGCCGCGUGGUCUGCUGCACCUGCCUGGGUCGCGCACGCAUGCGCGCACAGGCGCACGACAGACACGCGGCUGUGCGCCGCCCGGAGGGGGCACCCGGCGCCUUUCCUUGCAGAGGCCACGUGCACCCCCAGCGGAAGGACACAAAUCAAGUAGGAAAGUUCUAGACGUCCCCUGGCUGUGUGCGCUGCUGCAAAUUCCCGGGACGCGUGCGCAUGCGUUCAUGGGCGCACGGGCGGGGGCGCGCACAUGGGCGGCCGGUGACCUCAUUGGCACAGGCGCAUGACAAACAUGCAACAAUGCGCCACCGGGAGGGGACACCCGGGACCUUUCCUUGGAGAGACCGCGUGGGCCCCCAGCGGAAGGACACACAUCAACUAGGAUGGUUCUAGAAGUCCCCUUGCUGUGUGGGCUGCUGCAAAUGCCCAGGACGCGCAUGCAUGCGUUCCUGGGUGCCCACUCGCAUGGGCGUGCACACGCACGUGGGCGUCAGGUGACCUCACCGGCACAAACGCAUGACAAACAUGUGGCUGUGCGCCGCCAGGAGGGGACACCCGGCGCCUUUCCUUGGAGAGACUACGUGCGCUCCCAGCGGGAGGACACAAAUCAACUAGGAAGGUUCUAGAAGUCUCCUUAGCCCCCCGCUGGCUGGCUGGCUGCUGCUUGCAACUGUAAAGCUCCAGAGAUCUGCAGCCAGUAGGAGAAGGAAGGGAGGAGGGAGGGAUGGAGGAGGGGGGAACGGAGGAGGAGACCCCUUUUCUCUUCGCACCUCCAAGGACGUAGAGUCUCCACGAGAAGGUUGGGUAACCCCCUCGCAGCAAAAAAAUAAAAGGAAAAAAAAAAAAAAAGAAAGGAAUCAGAGCUACAGCGAUCUCCUUACCUCCUCAGCCACCGUGAAACGGCUUCACGCAUCUGGGCACCGAUAAGCUCAUGGGCACUCUUGAAUUGAACUUGGCACCUUGCGCCUGGGCCAGAAGGUCGCGUGCUUUCGGCCUAAGCAGCUGCAUUUGCAAAGCGGACCAGCUCUAGGUUUGGUGCAAUGCGUUCCAAAGCGGCGAGGGAGGCAGGAGGAGAGGCGGGCGUGCCUUUUCCACAGGCGUCUCUGCCCCUCGCCCCCGACUUGCUCUCUGGACGUGGCUGUUUCCAAGCCCUGCAGCUCUGGCGUCCUGAGCCCUGUGUGUGUGUGUGUGCGCGUGCGCGCGCGCAAGUGUGUGUGUGUCCAAUGCUUCAAAGGGCUGGCUUCUCCACCGUGUUUCUCAGGAUGAAAAUAAGCGCUUCUUCUAGACAAAACCAGGGACCCGCAUGCGUCCGGAGUGAUUUACUGGGAAUCCGGGACACGGGACUCCUGCUGUCUGUUCAACCGAGCACCGUGGGGGGCCCUGAUUUACAAAAAACAAAAAACUACCACUGGAUUCUUUCGGGUCACUUUGGCCAAACAGGCGAGCUGCUGGUGACACCGUGCAGGCCCCGGUCUCUGAGGGCGCCACCGAUGGUCACCUUUUGGGAUUUCUCCGUGUCCUCUGGGUGGUGACUCCCCUGGUUUCCAAGACGCCCAGACUUGCAGCGCGACGCCAACGACGGAGUCUGAGCCUUCCCCACGGGAUUUUUUUUUUCCUCUCCUUUUUCUUAUUUAACGCCUGGGAAUUUGACUCUUGUUCAAUAAAGCGGAGAAACAAAUGA